AUGUACCAGGUGCCGGGAAGCUUGAUAGUUGGUGCUGGGGUGUCGAUCCCACCCAUCGCCAAAUGGAAGAAGGUGACAAAUACUAGCGGUCCAACACCCCGACCGAGACACGGCCACCGUGCCGUUUCUAUCAAGGACCUGAUGAUCGUUUUUGGAGGCGGAAACGAAGGAAUCGUCGAUGAGCUUCACGUCUACAAUACGGCGACCAACCAGUGGUUUGUCCCCACUGUUCGCGGCGAGAUUCCUCCUGGCUGCGCUGCCUAUGGCAUCGUCUGCGACACUACCCGCAUCAUCAUUUUCGGCGGUAUGGUCGAAUACGGUCGGUACAGCAAUGAGCUCUAUGAGUUGCAGGCUUCGCGAUGGGAGUGGCGUCGGUUGAGACCACGACCCCCGAAGUCAGGGCACCCUGCCCCCUGUCCGCGGCUCGGCCAUUCUUUCACGCUGGUUCAUUCGACCAUAUAUUUAUUCGGCGGCCUGGCGAACGACAGUGAUGACCCAAAGAAUAACAUCCCGCGCUAUCUAAACGACCUAUACACGUUAGACCUACGGCUUGGUUCGAGCAACCUACGAUGGGAGGUGCCGGUGACUUAUGGAGCUUCUCCCCCGCCAAGGGAGUCGCACACAUCUUGCUUCUACGAUCCAGGAAACAAACCGCAGUUGAUCAUCUACGGAGGCAUGAGUGGAUGUCGUCUUGGAGAUCUCUGGAUUUUUGACAUAAGUAAUGUGCAAAUACGCAGCGUCGUCACCUUGGCUAUGCUGAUGCUCUUUCUCAUCUUUGCAGACACAAUGACUUGGAAUAACCCUGAAGUCGAGGGUGUACCUCCGUUGCCUCGAAGUCUUCAUUCCGCAAAUAUUAUCGGACAUCGUAUGUUUGUUUUUGGCGGAUGGGUUCCUCUGGUUGUGGAUGACUCUAAGUUGGGCCAACACGAGAAAGAAUGGAAGUGUACAAAUACAUUGGCUUCUCUGAACCUGCAAGCGAUGGUUUGGGAAAAUCUGUCUUUAGAAGCCUUCGAAGAAGCGAUCCCACGUGCGCGAGCCGGACACAGCGCUGUCGCAAUCAACACUCGUCUUUAUGUGUGGUCUGGUCGGGACGGAUAUCGAAAAGCUUGGAACAAUCAGGUAUGCUGUAAAGACAUGUGGUACUUGGAAACCGAGAAGCCGUCCGCUCCGGGUAGAGUGCAGCUCGUUAGGGCCAGCGUUAAUUCGUUGGAAGUAUGCUGGAGUGCUGUAUCCACAGGUAGCAUUGAUUUUGUUCUUCAGAAAUAUGAUCCCCCUCCAAUCGGCUUUAAGGGAGAGAACGAUGUGGGAGAUCAGUCGACGCAGAAUCCUGCCGUGUCUGGAAUCGCAGCUUUGGCAGCUGCCGCCGUUUCAGCCUCUCAGAAGGCGCAGCAAAGUGGUCAGACGGCUCUGUUGAAGGUCGUAAAUUCACCGAAUGCCUCUGCCGUCGGUUCAACUCCGUUGCGAACGCCGCAGGGUCAGAUUCUUCGCUUGGCAGCACCAACCAAAAAUUCUUCGGGCCAAAAACUAUUCGCUAUUCAGAAGGGCGGUACCCCGCAAGUUUUGACGCUGAUUCGCACCCCACAAGGAGCUCUUCUGACACCGAGCAAGGGAAUGGUUGCUGGUGCGUCGGGAGGAAACGUUGUGAAGUUGGUGGCCGCAGGUGUCACCGGUAAACAAGGAGGUACCCCGCUGCAAGCGAUUAAAACGACCGGCGGGCGAACGAUUAUUCUUGCCGCAAAACCUGGCCAGUCGGUCAGCAGUGGAACUCAGAAGAUCGUCGUUCUCACCUCCAGUGGAAUAUCAGAUAAUAACAUGCUAUCGACAGGUCAAGGUAUCACCGCGUCAGCGUCGCAGCCCCCUACGAUUUCCACAGCAGGCACAACUUACACGACCCCGAAAGGAAGCACGGAUUCUAAUCUUCCACAAGACAUUCUCGAUGAGCCAUCAGAAAAUCACGCCAGCAGCAACACCAGCGACAGCUUUGCCGACGAAGAUCCUGGUUCCAAAGAUUCAUUGAAGGCGGAACAUAGCAACGGAGGCAGUCAGGAACUGAGGGGCGAUACUAACGAGGAUGCGCAAAAAGCUGCGAGCAGCCUGAAUAGUCUUGUGGAUGCCGCUAACAAUAAUUCCAUUAUGCAAUCCUCCGGCGGCCUAACUGUGGUCAGAUUGGAUCAACCGCUGCAGAAGGAGCCAUCCGUUCAAUGGAACGAAGUCGGAAUCAUCAAAGGCACAUCAUGUGUUGUCAGCAGUUAUUUUCUCCAGUCCGAUAUGACGUUAGAAGAUCAUUAUGAAGCGGAAGAAUACAACGUCAACGUUAGCCCAAGUCAUAUGGAAUACACUAAGAAGGCUGAACUGCAAGCGGGAACGGCUUAUAGGUUUCGCGUGGCCGGUUUGAAUACGUGUGGUCGUGGACCAUGGUCAGAAGUGACCGGAUUCAAGACAUGUGUCCCUGGUUAUCCUGGAGCACCAUCGUCUAUAAAAAUUACUAAGAGCGUUGAUGGCGCUCAUUUGUCUUGGGAACCACCUCAGAAUACUUCCGGCAGGAUCACUGAAUAUUCUGUGUAUCUUGCCAUUAAAAAUAACCAGAACAUUUCCAGCAUUAAAAUGAAACAACUGUUUUUCUUAGCAGUAGAUAAUCAGUUGGCAUUCGUUCGUGUCUACGUUGGCCCUGACCCUCACUGUGUGGUGUCGAAUUCCAACUUAUCUCAAGCGCAUAUCGACACUUCGACAAAACCUGCGAUAAUUUUUCGGAUUGCUGCCCGCAAUGAUAAAGGCUAUGGCCCCGCAACACAAGUUCGUUGGUUGCAAGAUCAAUUUCCUGCUUCUGUUGCACCCGCCUUAUCCGGCAGAACGUGCAAGCGCUCUCCUAUGGUGGAAAAGUAA